AUGCCACCACACACCGACGACGAGGGAGAGCGUGACGAACUCAAGCCCUUCUUGGGACUGGCGCCUCGCCUGUGGCUCACAGCGUUCAACCCAGGUUUCCUCCCCCUCAUCUUUACCAUCGCAAGCGUUGCAGCCACUCGCAAGUCGACGAACGAGCUCGCAGCUCAGCUCAAGAGCUCUGUUCUUGACGCAUGCGCCCAAGUCGCCGCUGGAGCAGGCACGCUGCAGGCCCUCCCGCGCUACCUCGCGAUGCAGACGAACGCAGAGGUACUGCGCGCUUCCCGAGCCACCGUCCUGGCCGUCGGGAAGGCGCUCAUGGACUGUAUCACGGUCAUCGAGGUCGUGCUCAACUUUAUCGUCGACACCUACCGCUCCCUCCUUCUAUGUACGAUCCAGCUCGUCGUACAGGGAUCACUUGAGCUUCUCAUCAGCGCCGUGCAGACUAUCUCGGAUAGUGUUACAAGCAGCCUCAACUCGAUCCGCUCAAGCAUCCAGGACGACAUUGGCAAGAUGAACAACAUCAUCCAGAGCGCUGUUAGCGGGAUCAACCGCGUCACCUCACUCGUUAGCGUAGACCUCUCGGUUCCAAGCAUCGACAUUCCCUCCCUCAACUUCCUGGCUAAUGUUACGAUUCCUACCGGUUUCGAGGACAGCCUGCUCCGUCUAAACGACAGUUUGCCGACGAUGAACGAGCUGCGGGACAAGAUGAACGCUCUGAUCAACACACCAUUUGAAGUGCUCAAAGCGGAGAUCAACGAGACGCGCCUUGAGAUCGCAGGUCGUCUCAACGCGUCCACGUUUCCUGUACCUACCCUGCAGACGCUGAGCCAGGACGGCGGGCUACGGGACGAGCUGUGUGGCGACCUCGACAUGGGGUUCAUCGACGACACGGCGGCCGCGCUGCACAAGCUCGGUGGCAUCGCUAUUGGGCUUAUGGUCCUCGCUUUACUUCUGGGAUGGGGCGUGCUGGCAUUCUACCAGUGGCAGCGGUGGCGUGCUCUCAAGGACACGGUCGCGGCCGUCGAGGCGGAGUGGCGUCACCAGACGCCCAACCCUUGGACGACGGUUGCUGUUGUCGACGCGCCGCUAAUCGAGCGUUACGCCGUGCCGUUGAUGAACAAGGCUCGCCUCAAGCCCCGCACCCGCAACAACGUCCGCUGGCUACUCAGUUACCUGUCCCACCCAACCUGUCUUACACUGCUCAUCAUGAGCGUCGUCGGCCUCAUCGCCAUCCAGGCCCAGAUCGCUGCUCUUCACUCCCUCAAGGCUGCCGCGCAGGCGCGAGCGACCGAGUCAAUCGGGGCCACAACGUCGGGCCUCUCAGCGCGUCUUAAUGGCCUCCUGGCGAACGCUUCCUCCUCCUAUGCCGAAGACAUGAACAACGCCCUCGCCAAAAUUGAGACCAGCAUCAACGAAGACAUGUUCGGCCACUGGGUUAACGGCACGGCCACCAAUCUCAACGCGACCCUCGUCGAGUUCUACGACGAUGUCGAGCACCUAAUCAAGACGGCAUUCGACGGUACGCCCCUGUUCCGUCCAAUCAACGGGUUCGUGUACUGCAUCCUUGGCUCCAAGAUCGACUCGCUGGAAAAGGCACUCACAUGGGUGCGCGAGCACGCGCACAUUGACCUGCCUACCAUCCCGGCCGACGUGCUCCAGCUCUCGCCCGAGAGCACGGCCGAGCUCGCGGGACCAGUCACUGCCGCGGCGGUGGGUGGGAAGGACCCAGACUCUGGAGCCGUUGGCAAGCUCGUCAAGCACUUCGAGGACGCGCUGCGCGCCCAGCAGCUCGUAUACGGCCUCCUGCUGGGCGUGUACGCAGUAGUCGCGCUGGUCGGCCUCCUCGUUGUGCUAUGGCACUCGGGCGGCCGCGAGUGGGUUGGGCGCAGGCGUUCUGGAGGCAGUGAUGAGACGCAGCCACCAAAUGGCUCGUUCAUCCCAUCCCCGCUGUACCAGGCCUACUCUUCAGAGGAGAAGGACCACCUGACUGUCCCUGCCGCUGAGGGAUCGCACUCAGGUUCGCUGCGUGCGCUGGCCGCACCUGGUGCAGCAUUCCUUGGCAUGCGGGGAUAUGUAUCCUCACCGACACCAGACGCCCCAGCUCCCAUGGGGAAGAACGCACACCCGUGGAAGGAGCUCGACUCGUCUGACGACACGCACGAGAACGAAGGCUUCUGGAUUACCCGCGCAGUCCACGGACGCCGCGUCCACUCGCCCGCACUGCCAGAGAGCGAAAUCGGAUCGAGGCAUCCAACACGUGGGCCGACCCCCGAGAAGGUUGGUGCGCGGCUAUCCCCAUCUCUGGGACUUAGCAUGCCGUCACGCUCGCCCUCACCGUCUGCGAUUCAGGUAACGCCGGUGCACCAUACCCCGCCGUCUCUUCCAACAGACAGCCCAGCCUCGAUUCAGAUCACGCCGCCGCGCAUGAAGCAGCUUCCUACGCCGGCGUGGAAAACGCGAGACGAGGUCGACGCGCUGGGCGACGCCACCUCCACCUCCACCCCAACACCAGAACGUGCAGGCACCCCAGGCUCCCGUACGCCAUUCGGUACGCCAUCAGGUACGCGUCCGAUGCCACACGCGUCGCCUGGGCGCUUGGGGGCUUUGCUCCAGCAGCUCAAUGAGCAGCGGCAGCGGCGCGCUGAAGAGGCGCGCAUCGACCCGUACUACAGCUCCAAGCCUGGACGCGAGGAGCUUGCAGAGGAGACGGGGCGGGCUUUGUGA